AACGGCUCGGUUCGGCUCGGCUCGGUUUCAGAGUAACUACACAGAUCUUUGAGAGCAACGCCGUCGUCUUGUUCAUCGAUCAUUGAAACCACAUUAGAACCCGGACAUGGAUCUGAGACCGGAACACCCCACCGCCUCCUCCGCAUCCCAGGUCCACCCCGGGGCGGCGGCGGCGGCGGCCGCGGCGGCCUCCAUCCCGGUGUCCAUGGCCAGUAACCUGCUUCGCGGCCCGCCGCUGCUCUUGCGCGCCGCGGACAAGUACCCACGCACACCGAAGUGCGCGCGCUGCAGGAACCACGGUGUGGUGUCCGCGCUCAAGGGCCACAAGCGCUACUGCCGCUGGAAGGACUGUAUGUGCGCCAAGUGCACCCUGAUCGCCGAGAGGCAGCGGGUGAUGGCGGCGCAGGUGGCGCUGCGUCGGCAACAGGCGCAGGAGGAGAACGAAGCCCGGGAACUGCAGCUGCUCUACGGGACCGCGGAGGGACUGGCUCUGGCCGCCGCCAACGGCAUCAUACCCCCCCGGCCCAACUAUGAGGUGUUCAGUUCUGUCAACAGCGAGAGCAACUCAGAUUCCAGUAUCCAGAAGUACGAGCUGUUUCCGAAGACCCAGAUGUCCGGACCGGCCACCCCCCAGCAGACCGGGGCCAAGCCGGCGUCCACGGAAAGUGACUCGGCUCCGGGCAUCUCGUCUCCGGACGGACGGCACGGAGGUUCUGGUUCCGAAAACGGAGACAGCGAGUCUUUCAUCAACUCCCCGGUUUCCAAGCCCCUAAAGGACGGAGAGGAGACUCCCGGGUCCGUCAGUUCCCUCGGUUCCGAUUCCGGUUCUGACACCGACAAAGACGAGCAGGAACCGUCCCCGUCCUCCGCCGCCUCUCGACACAUGAACGCCAUCGACAUUCUGACCCGGGUCUUCCCCAGCCACAAGCGGAGCGUCCUGGAGCUGGUCCUGCAGGGCUGCGGAAAGGACGUGGUCCAGGCCAUCGAGCAGAUCCUGAACAACAGCGGCGCCCAGAGCCACAACAAGAGCGGCCCGGAGGAGCCGUGGACAGCCGAAAGGAUGCUGCAGGGCGCGCAACCACCGCCGGCCUCCGCGUCCGCCACCGCACCGACCAGGCCCAUGUUACCCGGAGCCAUGACGCUCAGUAACCGAUCCGCCUUUUCGCCCCUCCAGCCGAACGCACCGCACUUCGGCGCCGACCCGGGCACCUACCCCCUGGGCACCCACCUGGGCCUAAACCCGCUGCGCCUGGCCUACUCUGCGCACAGCAGGGGUCUGGCCUUCAUGACCCCCUACUCCACCACCGGCCUCAUGCCCACCCUGGGCUUCAGACCCCCGAUGGACUACGCCUUCAGCGACCUGAUCAGAGACAGGACGAUGUUACACAAAGAGCAGGGCUACGCCGGCGGCCUGUACGGGCCCCUGGUCAACAACACCCCGGACAAACAGUGACGGAGGCGGCGGUCCAAGCUGGACUCUGCACACACACACAUUCCAUUGUAUUUGUAGCCACAAGUGUUGAACGUCCUGGCAAAAUCUGUGAUGUGUUUUGGCUACGGGCUCCUGUAAAUAAUAGGAUUAUCUGCCUGUAGUCAAAUGGUCCGAGAGGAAAAAACGAAACUCACUUAUGUGUAAUUUUCAAAAAAUAAUUUUAUAUGUUACACUAAAAAAAAACUUUUGGAUGGCAUUCCCCAUUUAUGCUCCAUUUAUCGAAAAAAGAAAAUGGAACUGAAGCGAUAUUUAUUCUGUUCCGAGUCCUGAUCAACCCGGGAAAGUAAAAAAAGAAAAAAAAAAAAAGAAAAAAAAAAAAAAAGGAAAUAGGUACAAAGAAUGCGUAAAUGCUUUUAUUAGUUUUUAAUAAUGUGGAUCUACAGGAUUUAAGAUAAAACACGGACAAAUGAAUUUAAUUUGUUCUCAUCCAUCAAAUAAAAAUUGUAAAGUUUUCAUCGUCAUUUUCAAAAGUUCAGACUUUCUGUAUUCAUUCCCCUCUCACACCUGAAAGUGUCCAGACGGACCAGGUUAAGUUAUUAAAGCAUGUAGUUCACGGAUGUUAACCCUAAAAGUUACCUGUUCUAAAACUAAUUCUGUGUGGAUACCGUCAUCCUUUUUUUCUUACGUAUUGUUUCACUUCUCUUCUUUUUAGUUGGUUUUCUGCCUGUAUUAUAUACUAUAUUGCAUUUGGUAAAAAUGAAAUGCUAUGCUAUACCUAUCUGACUUUUCAU